AACAGACGCGCUUCCGGGGUGGCUCGCGCUCCUCGGCUGGCUAGCUAGCCGGCUAGCGCUCGUUCCAGCUACUUAUUCAAAUAACCAAUUUAUCAGGGGCUUUACCAAGUUAAAUCUUUUUUUUUACUUGUUUUGAACCAGAUGCGGAAUAUGCUCCGAAGAUCUCUGAGGAGUGACGUAUCACGGAUUCGCAAUGCGACGUAGCGGUGUAUGAAUGAUUAGCUCCAACUACUGCCGUUCACUCACAAGUUUGCUUGGCGAAAGAUCCUGUUGAAUACCUCGUAGUUUGCACUUUAAGGCCAUGGCAUGACAUCCACAUGCUGAGUUUGCCACUUCAGGCUUUGGCGGCUGAGGCGCCCGACUCAUUUUGAUGGCGGUGUUGCGCUGAUCAGGGUCAGCCGCCAAGAUGACGCGCCGCCUGAGCCGGAUGCUUGUGCCCUUGUGUGCAGGAGGCCCGACAUGGACGCCUGCUCUGAGCGCAACAUCCUGGCUGUCGAAAAGCUGCCGAGUAUUAAGCACGACGGACGCCGAUGUGCAGGACUAGUGAACACUCUACACAAGAUCUUCACCAACCAAAACCGUCCCAACAUUCAAUCAAUCAGCCGUCUGGAAUGUGCUGGUUCCUGUCCGAAUUUGAUGAUGAGUAGAAGAGACGUGGCCGACAUGCCGCCCGCCCCUGCAGCGGCUCUAACCCCUCAGCUGCCUCCCCGGGCACACCACCACCAUCGACCUCUCUGUAUGUCGGUGUCAUCAGACAGCAGUGGACGUUUUAGGGCUCUUGAAACGCAGGAAUGGAAGAACAACCUCAAAGCCCAGAUGGAUCAGGCCCACAGCGCAGGCGCCGCCAGCAGCACGGGCUCUCUGGAGCGGGCAUCCCUCUUCUGCGCCUCAGGCGGUCCUGCAAAGACGACCGGUCGCUUCUCACUAUUCUCUCCGCCAUGGAACAUCAGUUCUGAAUCAGACUCCAACCCACCAUCUCGAUCUGGCUCCAAGAAGUUGCGUAAUUACAGCCGGCGGGCAGCCACGAGCCCGGCUUGUGACAGCGAUCAGCACCAAGGUGAGGUUGAGGGCGGCGGGGUUGCCCCACAGCAUUUCGAGCCAGUCAUCUCAAAGGUGACAGACUACAUUUAUGUGGGCAACCUAAAUGCAGCAUACAAUGGACGGGCGCUUUGCCGCAACAACAUCGACAGCAUUAUUGAUAUGAGUGGUGCCCCGGGCCAGGCUGCUCCCACCCUCAGCCUCAUCCCAUGCACUUGCUCGCGUGGUGCGAGGCACAGCUGGUCCCGCCUCAAGGUUGACAUUGGCGAUGUCAAGCAGCGUUGCUUUGAGGACAUCAACGAGUGCAUCCACGCCUCGGCCGGCAAACGCAAGCGGGUUCUGGUCCACUGUAGGGACGGCUUCUCCCUGGCACCCACCUGUGUCAUCCAGUACCUAAUGCUCAAACGCAACAUGAGACUAAUGGCUGCGUACGAGCUCCUAAGAGCAAAAUAUCCCGUUAACAUCCGCGAGUGUCACCGCAACCUGCUGGUCAGCCUAGAGAGGACGCUCAGGCCUGGGGAUGUCGACCCAGAAAGUUUCAAGCAGGCCAUUUCCAGGAAGGUAGCCUGGACCUGACUCAAACACCUGGGACGUUCUAUGGCAAAUGUUACUCAGUCAGCUUGCACUAACGUUACCUAAAGUCGGAGAUGUUUGGCCUGGUUCUGGUUUCAGAGAUUUGCAAUUUGUGCCAUGUUGUGUCUCAACCACCAGGUCAUAUUAGUCAAGAAUGAUUGACUCGAUUGAAUGUGGUUUUGUUACCACACGGUCCAGCAAGGAUUCCUUGAAGGACCUUCAGUAGAUUUUUUUUUUUGUGAGUGCUCCCUGCUCAAAAAUUGAUUUUAAGUCAAUAAAGAUGCUCAUUCCUUAUAUGGUAGUUCCAUGACUAUAUCUCAGAUGAGAUAUGUUACCCGAUUGUGCCGUGUGGAUCUCACAUUGAACUUUUGGUGUUUUCACUUCUGAUGAUUUGGUUUAAGCUCCAUCCCAACAUAAAGGGAUGGAUGAGGCCUGUUUCUGAUUGCAGGUCUGUUUUUGGUACUGGGUGUUGCCUAUACCUCCAGUUGAUAUUUGUAAGCAACCAUUCAAUGGUUAUGUUGAAUGUGCUUUUAGUACCUGGUGUUCUGGUAAUGCCUUGUGGAAGGAAAUUCAGUUUAUCUUUGGUGAAUGAGUUUUUUUGUCUGUUUGUUUGUUUUUAAAGCUCAAUUGAAGAGAUGAGUGUAACUAGUUUUUGGAACCAGCAGAUGUCUUCUUGGGCUCUAGUUUUAUUUCUGUGAGAUUUACUUCCCUACUAAUAGAUUACACUUCAAGACUGCAUCGGAGAUGUGUGAAACAUGAUCAUGGUUCCAGAAAUGUAGCAUUACAUGGAUGGCCCUUCAUUCUUUAUACAGUAAGUGUUCUCUGCCUUAGAUUUGGUCACAACAUCAAGAGAUGAGUAAAACCUAGAAAUUGUUUCAGGGAGCUGCUUAUAGUUCCAGAUGACAUUUCAGCUGUCAUUUAAAACUUGUUAGAAACUAAAUUGUUGACUCUAACGAACAUUGUUUUAGUAUCACAAAAGGAUCAUGGACAUCAAGUAGAUUGUUUUUUUCCUCUUGCAUUUAAGCUAUCUUAACUAUCUUAGUGCAUGUGUGAAUCCUAGUUUUGGUUCCAUAUAUGUCGUAACGCAUGGACAGACCUCCAGUAGAUCCUUUUUGAAUAUACCAUCCAAUAAUUGUCUUAGUUCCAUCUCAACAUUUCAUGAUGCAUUUCUGAUAUCAGGUUGUUUCUUGUGGAACUGUAAUUGAUCUUUUAUGAGUGUUCCCUCCCUACAAUUUUUUUCCCUUCACACCACAAGAUUUAUUAGAAAUCCUUUUUGAUGUUCAGCUGGUUUCUGGUGGACGUCUAGUUAUCAUGUAAAUAACUAUCAGUUUUUAUCUUUGUGACAUCUCAGGAUAUUUGACACCCGCUUCUGAUUCCAGAUAGGUGGUGUCACUCUUGUAGUUGUUAAUGAGCAUUUUCUCUCCAAGAACUCUUAACCCUGCCCUACCACCUCCACCACAACUUCUCAAUUUGUGUGUGUCAUUAUUCUGGCAACAAGCAGUCCAUUUCAGGUCUUUUGGAUGCAACCCCAGUUCAUCCUCUCCCAAACCCUAUUGGUUUUAACUCCCUUGUUAUCAAUGAGAUGAGUGCAUAAAUGUCCUGUCUGCUGCUGGAACAACAAUGUGAACAUGCACACACAGAGUUCUCCUCUGUGAGGAAGAACUUGAUCCUGUUCUCCAUUUGUAUUGCUGGACUAUUUGAUGAUUUUUGAUCUGAUCUGUGUUCACUGUGAAUUUUCUGGAUGUUUUGUGAUCAUUUGAAGGAAGUUCUUGAGGACGAUUCAUGAUAUAAUGAUUGUUCUUCACGACAACAAUAAUUUUACGUUGACACCAUGCAAACUCAACAAAAGGGACAAUUAAUAUGGAAAAACACGUUAGUAGUACAAACAAAUAAUUUUAAUAAUGACACCAGUCCUCAGUUUAACAUCUAUUUAAUCUUAAAACCUAAUUUCUUUUCAUAAUAUUUUGACUUUUGGCUCUGACUCUGUUCUCAAAAGUUUUUACAGCUUCCAUGAUCUGAACGUUUCCUCUUUAACUAGCAUUUUCUUCUGGUAUUGUUACAACUUUGAUUUCUCAUGUAAUUGUACACAACCAGGCACUCAUAAUUGCAGAAUUCUCCUGGUAACAGCAAUAUAAUAUAACCGGUUGAUAAAUCCUCCAUGACCUCCAAAAUAUAGUGUGUGUCAAGUCCCAAUUACUUGAUUUGGGAACUACAUAUCGCCAUCCGGGAACAGUUUUAUACAAAACAUUACAUCAAGUAGGACACAUUUGCGUUUGCCUCCUCCAACGUCUUGCAAGGCUGUCGUGAGUCUUGUUGAGAAGUGAAAAUGAAAUUAUAUAAAACACUAUAGACAUUACAUCACAAACGCAAGGUCUAUAAGAUAGGGUUUUCUUAGUUUUGCUUGUAUUUGUACAGACAUUUUGAAUUUUUUUCUUUUAAUUUAAGAAAAUUAAUUCCAUAUAUUAUAAAUUGCAGUUCCAUUUAAGCCUGUUCUUUAUUAUUGUCGCUUAUUGUCUAGAAAUAUAAAAUUUUCAACAACUUUUUUCAUUGUCUUUAAUGUCAAAUUUGCCAUUUGUAUUCCAAAAUUUACUACCUUUUAAAGUACUGUACAAUCAUGUUCUGGUGAUUAUUCUAUUUGUUUAAUAUUCAGAAAAAUCCAGUGAUAUUCCAAUUUAAUUCUGUAGAAAAAUUUAAUUUUUCUAACCUGACCGUUUUUUUCCUCAAUGUGAUAUCUGCCUACGAUGAUAUUUGACAUUUUACCUAUGAAACACUGGGGGGGAAAAAUCAUGAUUGUGAUUUUUUUGUUUUUUUAAGGAAUCACUUUAAUACUUAAUUUUAAUAAAAAUGCUAGCAAACAAAAGAAUUUAACCAAAUUGAGCCAGAGGUUGGUUAUUACUACAAUCAUGUUUUUUUUUUUUUUUUUUUUUUUUUUGUGUGUGUGUGUCUCCACGCAAACUAAUUAAGGUUCAAUCAUUUCAAGUCAUGGUAAGGGUCAACUAUUUCAGACAAUAAAACAACCAUAAUUUUAGCAACCAAAAGGUUUUUCCAAUCAAAGUCACAUGCAGUACUUUUAUGAUAAAAAUGGUGAAGUUUUAUGUUGUCAAGAGUCCACUUUCUACCACCUUAUGACAAACCUUUUUACGAUAUAUGCAAAUAUUUUACAAGUUAAAUAGCAACGAAAGGAUGUUAACGGUUGAAACGGCAAGAUGUGGAUAUGCUAACAGUGUAACAGUAUGCCGUUUUGGUUCGAUUUGUGAUGUAACAUUUGCACCUUGCUAUAUGCUGUCAAAGUUAACGUCUUACAUUUUUGAGCGCGCAAACGUGAGCUUUUGUGAAUGGUGGCUGUAUUAUAUUAAUGCUUUCUUUGUCCUUUUCUGUGUGCACAUUAAUGUCUGUAGUGAAGGUGAAAGUAAAGGUGAUUCUUUUUGAUGUUCUCAGGUGAUUCCUCAGUGGUCUUACCACGUUUGUACUGUUUGAUCAUUAAAAGCUAACGCGAAAAUACUUUAACUGUUUUGUGUGUGUGCUUGUGCGCAAAUGCUUUAAAGACAUUAUUUUUGUGACUGGUAGGCAUAGCUUGUUGGCUAACUAAGCUGUAGUGGUAAAAACUGGGUCAGGUUUUGAUGAAAGAGUAAGUUGCAGUUGUGCUGAAUAACCACUGUAGCGAUGACAUUGCUCAGUCCUUAUAUACACUGCUGGCCAAAGGUGUUGGCACCCCUGCAAUUCUGUCAAAUAAUGCUUAAUUUCUCCCCCCCAAAAUGAUUGCAAUUACAACAAAUGCUUUGACAGUAAUAUCUUCAUUUAUUUUGCUGCAAUGAAAAAACCACAAAAGAAAGGGGGGAAAUUAAAUCAUUAUCAUUUUACACAAAACUCUAAAAAUGGGCUGGACAAAAGUAUUCAAACCCUUUGAAAAAUCAUGUGACGCUUCUCUAAUUUGUGUACUUAACAGCACUUGCUAUUUACCUGUGGC